CUCUCAAAUGAGUAUCAAAUCAAUGACUGAUCUUGCUGAGCUCCGACUUCACCUACGUGAUGAACAUGUCCGCUUGGGGAUACUGAAACAAAAGCUGCGCAAACGCCAAAUACUCUCAAUGUCAACCAAUGACUUCACUUUGGGCAAAGCUGAACCUGCUAGUAAUCCAGGUCACCCGCCUGACAAUUCAAACUCGGAGGCAGAAGCUCUACAUAGUCCAUCUUCUACAUGCGGGAACUCAAUGAACGACAUAAUCAUAGGCUUGUGUGGCUGUCUGGAUGCAGAUGAAGACCCAGAGGUUGUGACAUUCGGAAAAAUACAUGUAUCAAUCUCUCAGCUAUUCAACUUCGAGGAUACAGCUUGGAUACAGGUAGAGGAGAGGUUUUUGCUACGAGGUUUAAAUGAGGAACUCGAGCUAUAUGAUCUGGUUAGUCUGGAUGCUCCUGGUGAGUUAGACAAGUCUUUGGACAUGGACACUUUCAAGGAGUCUGUGCUGACUUCGGCACCAUGAUUUUUGGGAUAUAAUUUAUAUAUUUCAUGUAAUAUAGAUACACACUGUCUGUCUAAAUAUCCCCUCUUCGCUCUUUCAAAA